AUGGCAGAGUUUAACGACCAAUUCGACUACAUUGUAGUCGGCGGCGGUACUGCAGGUCUUGUCGUGGCCUCGCGGCUGAGCGAGGACCCCCAGGUCAGUGUGCUUGUGCUUGAGGCCGGCCCCGACAACUCCAGCGACCCUUUUGUUUUGACGCCGGGUUUGGUCGCUGCCCAAUACGGAAAUGACAAAUACGACUGGAAUUUUAUUUCAGAGCCCCAGCCGAAUCUGAACAACCGGAGGGUCAACCAGGCGCGCGGUCGUCAGCUUGGCGGUUCCUCGGCACUCAAUUUCAAUAUGGUGCUGUACCCGUCGCAGGCCAAUAUUGAUGCCUGGGAGCAGCUCGGUAAUGAAGGCUGGUCGUACAGUAGUCUCCAGCCUUACUUCAGAAAGUUCGGCAACACCCAUGCGCCACCUGUCUCGGCACUAGAGAAUUUGGACAUGGGGAGGUACCAUGACGACUCUCUCAAUGGAAGUGGUCCUAUUCAUGUUUCCUUUGGAGAGGGACUCACCAAGGCAUUCAACGGUGCUUGGAUGGAAACCUUCAGCGCCCUGGGCCUUCAGAACAACGCGGAUCCAAGAACCGGAAAGGCUUUGGGUGCCUUUCAAAACCCGUCCAGUAUUGAUCCAAGCACCAAGACUAGAAGUUUCGCCGCUACAGCGUACCUGACUUCCGAUGUCCGGCAGCGAUCAAACCUGACGAUCCGUUGCAGCUCCGUGGUCGAAAAGGUUUUGCUAAAGCAGAGAGGGGAUACGGUCGUGGCCACCGGGGUGGAGAUCCUUAUUGAUGGACGCACCCAGAGCAUCGGAGCCCGUUCCGAAGUUAUAGUCGCUGCAGGAGCUCUCCAAACUCCGCAGAUCUUGGAACUAUCUGGAAUCGGCAACGGUCAGCUGCUGAAAGACCACGGCAUUCCUGUGGUAAUUGACAAUCCCAAUGUGGGGGAGAAUCUGCAGGACCACGCCAUUGUCAUGCAAAGCUUUGAGGUAGCUGACGGUGUGCCUUCUGGGGACGUGCUUAGGAACCCUGAAGUCCUUAACGCCUUGAUACAGCUCUAUAGUACUAGCGGUGGAGAAGGCCCCUUAGGACAGAGCACUAUAAGCGUGGCGUACAGCCCAUGGUCUGACGGCUCUGGCCCGCUAUCUGCCCAGGCCAAAAAGGCCUCGCUAGAUGCUCACCUCUCUGAGUUCGACCCAUUGACAUCCGACCAAGCCCGUGCGGUUCGUGCAAUCAUCGAGGACCCCAGCGAGCCGGCUGUGCAGUAUCUCCUCUUCCCUUCCCAAGUCACGGUGAAUGAUGAACCAGCCCACAUGGCCGAGGUCAUCACUCCCUCGCGACCGGAAAACUACAUCACUGUCAUGACGAUACUUAAUCACCCAUUCUCCCGUGGCUCAGUGCACAUAACAUCGGCUGAUGUGCAAAAGAAGCCUUCGUUUGACCCUAAGUUUAUGUCUCACCCACUUGAUAUGCAGGUCCUAGCACAGAAUGUCGAGUUCGUGGAGCGGAUCGUCUCGACCGAGCCGUUCAAGUCGAUUCUGAAGCGUGGUGGUAAGCGAAUACCCGAAAUUGUCGCUAGCGACCUUGACAAGGCCAAGGAGAUUGUCCGCCGCAACCAGAUUUCCGUCUUCCAUGUGUCGGGCAGCUGUGCCAUGUUGCCCAAGGCAAAAGGCGGUGUCGUAAACGAGCGGCUGAUUGUUUAUGGCACCAGCAAUGUUCGUAUUGUCGAUGCCAGUGUGUUCCCGCUUGAGCCGCUCGGCAACAUCCAGACCACGGUGUAUGCUGUUGCUGAAAAGGCUGCCGAUAUGAUCAAAGAGGACCGCAAGGCCGCUACUGCUUGA